CCCGACAUGACAGGCGGACAGAAACUCUCAUCAAUCUCAAUUAAUUGGACAAGCCAUCCGCUGUCUUUUACACAUACACCCCUGUUGUGUUCGGAGUGAAACGAUGGGCUUCCUACCCUUCACCACCAAAACUGAUGAGGCAGAGGCAGGGGGGACCUUCACGCCCUCGAGUGAGAAUUUGAGCGUUAUCGAUGAUGGCAAUAUGCAGUAUACUGCUGGCGGAGGCAAGAAUUCUGCAAAGCUUACUUACCAGGAAGCGAGCGGGGCACCAAUUGAAUCCAAGUCGCCGCUGGGAUACUCGGUUGGGGCGGUCACGGUUAUUUUCUUGAACUUGAGUAAGAUGAUUGGGACGGGUGUGUUUUCGACUCCAUCUACCGUUCUUGAUGGAGCUGGAUCUGUUGGUCUGGCGCUCUUUUACUGGGUAAUUGGGUUCUUCAUGGCUGCGAGCAUGCUCUCUGUAUAUCUGGAGUUUACGUCAUACUUUCCAAGUCGAUCGGGGUCGGAGGUCGUGUAUCUGGAACAGUCCUAUCCGAGGCCGAAGUAUUUCUUCCCCACGGUGUUUGCGAUGCAGACGGUGCUGUUUUCGUUUAGCAGUAGUAAUGCUGUUGUGCUGGCGGAGUAUCUCUUCAAGCUUGCGGAUGCGGAUACGACCGCUUGGAAGGAAAAAGGAGUUGCGGUGGCGGCCUAUACUAUUGCUACACUUUUGUUGACUUUCAAUACGAAGUACUCUCUCUGGCUUGCCAAUGCUAUCGGCGUUGUCAAGCUAGUGACGUUGGUCUUCAUCGGCAUCGCUGGCCUCGUCGUCUUGGGCGGUCAUACCCCUGUGAAAGACCCCCUAGUCAACUUCCGCGAUGCCUUCUCGGGAACCUCAGGAGCAACAGUCUAUGGGGCUACCAACGCCCUGGUAAAGGUGAUGUUCUCGUACGCCGGAUACGAGAAUGCCUGCAAUGUGGUCAACGAAGUUAGGAACCCCGUCAAAACCCUCCGCUGGAGCGCCCCUGCCGCCCUUCUCCUCACAGCCGUGUUGUACAUCCUCGCCAACAUCGCCUACUUCUCCGCCGCCAGCAAGGAAGAGAUCCUCAACUCGAACGUCACCGCAGCGAGUCUCUUCUUCGAGAAAGUCUUCGGCACGUCGGGGGCCUCUCGCGCCCUGAACGUACUCAUCUGUCUCAGUGCACUAGGAAACCUCCUUGCCGUACUAAUCGGCCAAUCUCGCAUGCUCCGCGAAUGUGGCCGACAAGGCGUCCUCCCCUUCACCGAAUUCUGGACCUCCACCCGCCCUUUCGGAACUCCUCUCGGCCCCUACUUCGUCAAAUGGGCCCUCACCGUAGUCAUGAUUCUGGCUCCUCCCGCCGGUGACGCCUUCAACUUCAUCGUCGACCUAAGCAUCUACCCCGCCAACAUCUUCAACCUCCUCCUAGCAACCGGUAUCCUGAUCACGCGCCACCGGCGCCAACGCCUCAACUUCCCUCCCUCGGGAUACAAGGCUUGGACAGUCUCAGUGUACUUCGCCAUCUUAUCGAGUCUGUACAUGCUCGUCGCGCCAUGGUACCCGCCUUCCACGGGUGCUGACGGUGGCGAUGUCAGUUUCUGGUAUGCGACGUAUUGCGUUGUGGGUAUUGCGAUCAUCGCCGCCUGCGGGGCAUACUACUACCUCUGGAUCAAGAUCCUCCCACGCUGGGGCCACUACGAGCUCAGGCAGACGCUCAUUUCGGUGGGCGGAGACGCGACAGCCCACAAAUUGGUCCGGGUGCCGAAAGAUCGCAUCGCGGAGUGGGAUCGGGAUCAUGAUGCGUCUGGGCGACUACGGAGAAGGAAUCAGCAUCAGCAUGAUAAUGGAGAGGGACAUGGGGAGGAGAAAGGUGUUGCUGCGGAGGGUGUUGUUGUGGUGGAGGAGGUCGUGGAGGAGAGAGGGUCUUAG